AGGAACUGCACGUAGUUUGAUGUAAGAGCGCCACCUGCUGCUCACUGAGGGAGCUGACGCCGGAAGACGCCACCGGAUGUUGUGUGUUAAAUCCCGCGAUAUGAAGCCUGACGGGAUUUGAGCCCGUUCUUUCCCCCCGGAACUCCAGGCAAGAUGGCGGAUACCGAGAUCAAGAAGAAGCGUACCUUCAGGAAGUUCACCUACAGAGGUGUGGAUCUGGACCAGCUCCUGGACAUGUCCUAUGAGCAGCUGAUGCAGCUGUACUGCGCCCGCCAGAGGAGGAGGCUUAACCGUGGCCUGCGUCGUAAGCAGCAGUCCCUCCUGAAGCGCCUGCGCAAGGCAAAGAAGGAGGCUCCUCCCAUGGAGAAACCCGAGGUGGUGAAGACCCAUCUGAGGGACAUGGUCAUCCUGCCUGAGAUGGUCGGGUCCAUGGUUGGCGUGUACAACGGCAAAACUUUCAACCAGGUUGAAAUCAAGCCUGAGAUGUGCGGUCACUACCUGGGCGAGUUCUCCAUCACCUACAAGCCAGUCAAGCACGGUCGCCCCGGUAUUGGAGCCACACACUCUUCUCGUUUCAUCCCUCUGAAGUAGAAUGGCUGUAUUUGUAUAAAUAAAACAAAACUGGGUUCUCCACACAA